AUGGAAACCGUAAAAUGUGUCCUUGUAGGAGAUCCGUCGGUGGGCAAGAGCUGGCUCAUAACUACAUAUAUAACAGGCAAGAACCCUGAAGGAUACAUCCCCACUCUUUUCGACAAGUCAAGCAAGGAGGUGGCCAGAGAUGGUCAGACGUACAGUAUAACACUGUGGGACACCGCAGGAAGCGACGAAUACAAAAAUCUACGUGGACAAUUUUUACAGGAAGCUGAUGUGUUUUUGAUAUGCUAUGCAGUUAACAGUCCCACUUCGUUUAGAAAUACACGAGCAUGGAUUGAAGAGCUUUCUAAAUACAAUGUUCCGAUGAUUCUUUGUGGAACAAAAUGCGAUGUUGUUGAUGGCGAACUGGUCGAUAAGGCACAUCCAGAGACAUUGAAAAAUGAAUACAAUCUGUACGCAUCAAUAGAAUGCUCAUCUCUCGAGCUCAUAAACGUAAACAAGGUAUUCUGUGUUGCACUCGAUGCAGUCUUGAAAACAAGACGCUCCAGAACAGAGUCUAUUUGGCUAUGCUGCUGCAAGUGUAUCUGA